GGCUCGAACCUACAGACUAGACCACAUAAUUAGAACACAAGAUCCUAGCGUGGCUUAUUAACCCGCGCGGGGCUGGGGUCUCCAGCCGAACGCGCGGGGCUGGGGGGGGGGGGUAAAUUUUACCCCCCCUGUUAUCUCCCGAACUAAUGGUCCGAUUUGGAAAAUUCAAACGCCAAUCGAAAGCUCUCAUCACGAACUACUAAAAACAUGUACUUAAUUUAAAGUUUGAGGUCAAGGUCAAGGUCAGGUCAAGGGUACAAAUUGCAAGUUUCUACAGUAUCGGCCUUGCACCGUAGUUGCCGAAGAAUGGAGUCAUGGACUGAGACUGAUCGCCCAAAACGUGUUCUUAGGCUACCAAGACAAUAUUCGUUGCAUACAAUAUCAUUCAGAGGUCAAGGUCAAGGUCAGGUCAGGUCAGGUCAGGUCACCAAAAAACAAAAUAUAGAAAAGGGCAUGUGCGACACAUGUUUUAUGGGUCAUUUUACUCAUAGAAUUCAAUAGGCACACUCAAUAAGUGAUAUGGACCACCUCUGGAUGAAUUUCAGGUCGAGGUCAGGUCAAGGUCAGGUCAAGUGAGGUCAAAUUUUGAAGUUGGUUGUUAAGGCCUAAAAAGGUGUCUAUCUGAUGCAGUUUUGCACGGCGAAUCGAAUGGUGCUAUUUUUGUUUCCGUACGAGGUCUAGAACUUCCAAAAAAGUCAUUUUUCAAAAAUUUUGUGUGUCGUGACGUCAUAAAAUUUUGAAUAACUCCCACAUUUUUGAACCGAUUCUUCUAAAAUUUGGUAUGUAGGUGCACAUAGACCACUUCUCUGACAUAUAUUCCGGUUUUUUCGAUAGACUCAAAAUUUUGGAUUUUAUAAUGAUUUUCCCAAAAAAGUCAGUUUGUUGAAAAAACUUAGGCCAAAAUCCAAAAUUUUCAAAAAACCCAGAUAGCCAUUUGAUAGACAAAGUAAAAUUACGUAUAACCUUUUUUGUUACGUCUUGAUUCCUUUAAAAAUGAAGAUGUUAGCGGCGUUUGAACUUUUGCCGUUUUUGAGGCGAAAAUGGCGAACAUGACGUCACUAAAACGUCAAUUUCUCAAAAAAUUUCCGACGGAUUUCGCUCAAAUUUUCAGGGAACGUGUCAAAUUGAUGUAAGAAAAGGUACUGAAAGUUUGGCGGCGCUGCGCGCCGCCGUUUUUGAGUAUCGCAAAAAUUCGCGAGGAGGGGGGGGGGUAAAAUUUACCCCCCCAGCCCCGCGCGGGUUAAAGCCUAAUGCUCACUGCAGCUCGCGCUCUCGAUCCCUAGAAUUUACACUCUUGUCGCAAGUCGCAGUUUCAUCUCUCUCAGCUCACAUAACUUUUCAUGUCGAUCUCACGUUCAUUAUGAGCGAGCGAGCGCAGCGAGCGAAGCGAGUCUUUUCAAUACUCGUAUAACGGAAAAAUCUCAGUAUGAGCGGCCCGGCCAGGCCCGGCUCGGCCGGGCCGGGCCUGUAACGCUUUUGAGAGGCUUAUAUCUCAGCAACCGCUAGACUGAUUGGCCUGCGGAUUUUCAGACGCCAAUGCGCAGUGUAAAGCUUGAAACAGACUCUUUCCGCAGUCAGGAAAUCGCAUGCGAGAGCCUAUUCAAAUACAUGGAAGCACGCUCGCAUCAAUCGCACGCACCUCCCGCAAGCGAUUGAUGCGAGAAGAAUUACAAUGUAUUUGAAUAGGCUCUCGCAUGCGAUUUCCUGAAAGCGGAAAGUCUGUUUCAGCCUUAAUGCUGGCUUAUGCCAUGUGUCUUUCUAUGCCCCGAUGCUAAGCGCUGGCCUAAACUUACAUGAAGUUAGUUAUGAAUAACAUAUUGAAGUUAGCUGUAUGACAAAAAAAAAAGAAUAAGGCGUGUGCACAAUACAAUUACAAGCUUAAUAACAACUGCCAGCGUGACGGCCGGCAUCUUAUCAUCUUCCAGUCACUGAUUAGGACCAUGAACCGGAAGCGUUUAAAACAAUCUGGUCCUUUGACAGCGGUGUAGAAUGUCGGAGCAGCUUCCGCCGGAUGGAGAAGGCGCCGUGGGACGGGGGUGCCAAUCACCAAUCACCGACCAGCGUCGUCGGUGUAAAAUGGCGGAUGGCACCAAUCCAGCGGACGGCUGGAGAUGCUUCAGCGCCAGAGGCCUUUGGGCGGUGGAAGGAGCAUCCUGUAUAAAAAGUCGGAUGCUUGCCAAAGUUCCUCAGAAGAGCCUAGUGACGACGCCUGGAGACCCGCACACGCCCAACGCCAUUCAACGAGUCCUGCUGCUGCAUCCGAAAAUGGACCGCAAUUCCUUCCAAGGAUACUACGACGUCAUCGGACGGGAGCUGAGGUCCCGCGGCUUCGGCGACAAGUGCCGAUUCUGCGCGAAUAACGGCGAACUGUGGUUCGUCUCCACGAGCCACAAGCUAAAGGACGAACAAGGCCGCACCAGAUGCCCCAUGCUGCAGGCCUAUACUUGCCCGAAGUGCCGGGCAUGCGGACUCAACGCCCACACGAAAAAGUACUGUCCAACGAACAGGCGAUAGGCGUAGGGUGCGAACAUAUAUGUGUGAACCUACGAACAUGUGAGACAGUUUGGAAGGUAUUGUAUGUAUGCCGAGAGGGCACUGUCGUUCAGUGAAUGUUUAUAUGGAGUGCGAAUAAAUGAGUUAUUGC